UACACGUACGGACAUUUUCGUAGUUGUCAAACUAAUAUUAAAUUGUUUUUUAGUAUACUAUAUAAAAUUCGAAAUAUUGAUUAGUGUGGAUCUUAUUAUAGUGAUUCGUUCCAGUUUUCAUAUGCUUUUUUAAAACUUAAAAAGGCUCGCAUAUGAAUUUGGGGCUAUUCAACCGUAUGAAUUUAAAAGAGAGUAGCGAGAACAAAGGAAUGUACUCAGAAUGGACUUCCUUAAGCUUAUCCAACGAUCAAGAAAACAAUAGUGUUUUAGAAAAAUUUGAACUAACUAUAAGCAAAGAAAUAACUACUAACCUCGUACGCCAACUAGCAAGUAAUUUAGGAAUAACCCAACCCCCCGAACAGAGCUCAUUAACAACAGAUAAAGACGUACAAUGGUGUAUGGAAGUGAUUUGUUACGGACUUUCUUUACCUUUAACCGAACAUGAAGCUAUCAAAGAUUGUGUUAAUAUUUAUUGUGAAUGGCUCACUACGCUUUUACCAAAUCCGAAAAUAUGUGUUCCCAAGCCUCUUCUAGACGAUCCAAACAUAUAUUGUAGAAAAAUAAUAGGACAUUUACGUUAUUUGUUUAUUCCAAGAAAAGGAGAAAGUUUUGAUAUAAUACAUAGACAAGCAGUGUUAUGUCAUCGAGUACUAAGAACUUUACAACAAAUUGCUCACGAAUCUAAAAUAUUAGAAACAGUUACAUGGGAAAUUCUAUUAUUAUUUUUAUUGGAUAUUAAUCAUACAUUAUUGUCUCCACCUUCAGUUAAAGACGACAUUGCAGAUCAGUUGUGCGAGAGAGUUUUGAGCGUUCUUUUUGAGAUAUGGUUAAUAGCUUGUACGCAAUGUUUUCCAUCUCCACCUUUAUGGAAAACGUUAAAAGAAUCGUGUAUGAAUUGGAGACAUAGAGUUGCGCUUAUCGAACAGUGGAAUAGAGUUAAUCUUGCUCUUACAUCUAAAAUAUUAUUAUUUAUGUACGGUCCAACGUUUCCAGAAUUAAAAAUCGGUGAAGAUGAUUUGAUACCACUGGGUAUGACGAAUGAUUGUGUAGCGCAAAGUUGGUACAGGUUUUUGAAUGUAAUAGGAAAUCCUGUUAGUUUAACCAAACCUAAGGUUAUUAGUCAAACGGAGAAGUUUCUUCAAUUCGCUAUAAGUACCGAAGGUUUAGUAGAUCCUUGUCAACAUCCUUGUUUACAAAAUUUGCCCCUAAUUUUUUUGAAAGCCGUUAAGGGAAUAGCCGGACAAGUCGACGCGUUUUUAGGUAUUGCACAACUUAUUUGGUGGGACAUUGUGGUAACAGGUGCCGGUACUGACAAGAUCAAAGAAGCACCUCCUCCAAUCACUCAUUCUCCUACACCAUCUAGUCAACGUCGGUUAGCUAAAAGUUUCAGUGUCACACCAUCUUCUGUUAAGGGUGUUCCGAAAUCUACUUUGAUAGGACUCACUACGAGUCGAAGUUCAGCCGUGUCUACUUUGAAUUCCGGUCCAACCUCUACUUCCAGUACGAGUUCAUUAAGUUCGUUCGGAGGCAACGAAUCGAAAAUAUCGUUAGCUCCCGGUAGGGCUAAAUGCAACACGUUGUUGCACCUAUUCGGCGAAUGGCUUUUCGAAGCGGCUUUCAUCGGCUGCGACCUAUCGCAAAGUGAGUCGACAUUUUUCUCAGUGUAUCUACCGAUAUUUAACCGUCGAUUUUUCCGUACAGGAGACUCGAAACGCCCCAAUUCGGUAACCAUAGAUGGCAAAUCGUUCCAACAACCCGUAAUCGAUACGAACGAACUACCGAGUUGUUUGACCAUAGACAAAUACGAAAGCGGUAGAGCGGAAGCUCUGGGCGCUCUAUGCCGAAUUGUGUGCGCCAAAAAAACCGGCGAGGAAAUUCUGCCGGUGUAUUUGGCGAGGUUUUACGUGGCCGUUUCGCAGGGUUUGAGGGUGCAGGCUAAUAGAGAAUGCGGCGAAUGUGCGGCCGCCGUUCUGUUGAAUUCGAUUAAUUUGUUUCAUAUCGAUCUCGACGGGGUGAGGAUUUUGUUGCCCUCGUUCGUAUCAGCUUUGGAGGUCAUUUUACCGGAAAAAGAUAUGAAAUUCAACAAUAAUAUCAAUAGGAUCGAAUUGAGGAAAUCCUCCAUACAGAUAUUAUUGUCCAUAUUGGUAUUGCCGUUACAUUUUCAAAACGUUAACAUCAAGGAACUUAUAAAUGCAGGUUCCAACGACAAAUCCGUCAAUUUUUUGCAAUUAAAACCGAAACUGAUGAACCUUUUAAUGAACGCCUUACAAAUUGAAACCGAUUCCCAGAAUACUCACAUGUUAUUAGGGGGUUUGUUUUUGUGCGUCCAAGAUUCGGCCAUUUUCGAAAAAGUUGAACAAGUCACGCAAAAUUCGACCGAAUGUUCGAAUUUAUUGAGUUCUGCUUCUGAUACGGCAAGUAUGGUGAGCAUGGCUAGCAGUGAUCGUUCCACAACACCCGAUCAGUUUGGUUUCAAUGAUAAUGAUCCGCUAUUGUUACCUUUAGAUUCUGCGCACGCGCUUUUCGUUAGAGCGACAUAUCUCGUAUGUCACCGUUUAAUUUCAUCGUGGAAAACCGAUUUGAACGUUUCUUUAGCAGCUUUAGAACUUUUAUCCGGCUUAGCUCGAAUCCACAUCAAAGGAUCAGAUGCCAUGGAAUGCAAAAGGGCGGUAAAAUGGUUGUGCGAUUAUAUUAUUUCUCAAUGUUCCCGACCACCUCAAGCCCAUUCCAAAGAUUUACAUUCGACCAUCGUCGCCGCGUUCCAGUGCUGUUCCGUUUGGUUGUUAGAACAUCCUUAUUUACUUCGCGAUAAGGAUUGUUUAACGACUGUAUUGGAAGUCGCCGAAUUGGGAAUAUCCGGUACUAAAUCAGUGGGCAAACCCGGCGAACCGAUCAAAAUGAAGGAAGAGAAAGAUCUGAAACCGGCUUCGAUGAGGGUUAGAGACGCCGCCGAAAAUCUAUUGACUUGUAUAUUGGAACAAGUGUCGUAUUUUCCCAGCGAAUGCGGACCGGAAUCGGUGUCGUCGCUAUUGGACGAAUUGUCGUUAUUGAAACAUUGCAAUUCGUGGCCCACCGCUUGCAACGACCAAUCGGCGGCCGUGGAAAAAUUCAGAUACUUCAUAACCGAAGGAUCCGUCAUGGUGGCGCUGCUGGAAGAACCGUUAGGAAACGACCAGGAUCCUCAACCGACGGUGACUCUAUUGGUUCGCGGACCUUUCGGACGCCACGCGUGGACUAUGCAACUACGACAUUUACCCAGGCAUAAAUCGGGAACGCAGCACCACGUGCACAACGCGUGGCGGCCUGUUGCGAUGCAAGAAACUCCGUUAAAACCGGCGGCGAAACAGAAAUAUUUCCCCGACGGGGUAGAUAGAGUUUUGCAAUGUAAAGUUGAUUUUUCAAUACCGACUUUGGAUUCAGUAUUAUCGGAAAACGAAAUAAAAAAAGAUAUUGAUUUGAUCAAUAUGUUGGUUAAUAAACAAGUUUUACAGGAAAACAACAUAAAUCAGUCUCGUUCCGAAUCGAAUUUAAUUGAAUAUUCGCCGCCCCCUGUAUGUCAUGAAUUCCAAACGGCUCGUUUGUUCCUGUCCUAUUUCGGUCUGCUAUCAUUGGAGGAAUCGGAGAACAAAGAAGACGACAGUAGCCAUUUAUCAGUUAUAGAUAGUAGCGCUAAUGAAUUCUGUAAAGAUCUACUGAUGUUAGAUAAUAUGAGUCCGAGAACUUGUGAUACCGUUCAUUUAUUUUAUGUAAAAUCGCGACAGACCAGCGCUCAAGAUAUAAUCAACAAUAUUUCAAACGAAAACUCAAUUUCCACUUAUUUUUGGGAAUUUGUACACACUUUAGGGUGGGCAGUAGAAGUUGGCAGUCAUCCAGGAUGGACCGGUCACGUAUCAACUAGUUGGAAGAUAUCGCCGAAUAAUGAUACCGAAGAAGUGGAAAAACGAACUUCGUACGACGGUUCGACUCACGUACUUUAUUGGGCCGAUGCUUGUUCGGAAAUAGCUUUCGUUAUUCCUUCCCAAUGUAAAUCCGAGUCCGAUUUGGGGCGCGGUUUCGAUUCAAUUUCAGCUUGGAACGAAAAGAAUUUAUCGGAAAAAAGAAUUUCGAGUUUGGAUUUGGAAAAACCUAAAAGAACUUCCCAUAAAUCCAUACUGCAUCCUCAUACCAAUACUAAAAUAAUGGUUGUAUGGUUGGAAAGCUUCGAAGACCAUUUGACGUUACCUAUAGAUGAAUUGCUUUUAUCUAUGGAUACCGGUUUGGAAACUGAUGGUAAAGAAAGUACCAGUGAUGUUUUGGUAAUAUUUUUGCAUUUAUUAUCAACGGGAUUACUUAGGGUGCACAUACAAGGACCUACUGGUCGUGUAGGUCUAGCUUCACCACUAAUAGACGGUAUGGUAGUUAGUAGAAGGGCGUUAGGACCUCUAGUGCGACAUACCGCUCUAAAUAUGGCUAGAAGAAGAAGAUUAGAUUCUGAAAGUUAUCAACCACCGCAUCUUAGAAGAAGAUUAAAAAUUCAAGAAAUCGGACAAAAAUAUAAAAUUGAAAUGAAUACACCUGAAUUACUCACUUAUCUAUUUAGUAGUACUUAAGUUUAAUGUAAUUUCAUAAUAAUUGUAAAAUAAAAUUAAUUUUUAAACUU